AUGAAGCAUGCAACGCUCACCAUUGUCAAUGGCAAAUCUCAGCAAUUUUCAGCUGCCGACGCAGGAGACAUAUCGCUCUCACUGAACAAAAAUCUCCAGCACCAGUUGCCUAUUUACCAAGCACAAGGAACGGUGGCCGGAAGCUUGCCAGAGGCAGAUCCUCAACCCGCUGCUCAAACCCAGCUGCCCGCCACCCCAAAGGAAGUGACGGCGACCUGGCUGUCCAGCGUGCUGGGGACCAGCAUCAGAUCCAUCGAGCUCACCAAGAUCCAGCACGGCACAGCCAGUAAGCUAUUCUACACAGUCACUUACGACGAUGACUCGCACGCAGCCGAGCAAAGGCCAACCCAGCUAUGCCUCAAGGGCGGCUUCGACCCGGCCCUCGUCCAGAAAAUGCCCUGGGUAACCAGCAUCUACCAGCGCGAAGUCGAGUUUUUCAAACAAAUAGCGCCGACCCUGGACCACAUGUCCCUUCCCAGGGGAUGGUGGGCCGGCUCCGACUCCAAGCAGGGCAUCGUAGUGCUGGACGACCUCGGCGUCCAGGGGUGCACGUUCGGGGACCCCAGGGCCGUCUGGCCGGUAUCGCGAGUGCUGGCCGGCGUCGAGCAGCUCGCCGCGCUGCACGCAGCGACGUGGGGGGCCCCGCAGGCAGACUACCCCGGCUUUCAGACGGGCGCCGGCGCUGUUACCGACACGGUCGUCCUCACGCUGAUGCAGACCUUCGACGCCGUGGUACGCGGGCCCGACCGCCCGCCCGUGCCCGCCUACCUCCAGGACCAGGCGCGCAUCACGGCCGCGCUGGAGAAGCACUACGCGAUCCGCAACCCGGCGUUCCGGUGUCUGCUGCACGGCGAUGCCCGCACGGGAAACACGUAUCUUGACGCGGGGAGCGCGCCGCGGUUUCUUGACUGGCAGAUGAUCCACGUCGGGUCGGCCUUCCACGACGUGGCCUACUUCAUCGGCGGCGCUUUGAGCGUUGAGGACCGGAGGGCUCAUGAGUGGGACAUCGUGGAUCACUACCUCGACACGUUGCGGAAGCUGGGCGGCCCGGUUCUGUCCAGCAGGCGGGAAGACGUCGCCAACGAGUAUCGAAAGUCCUUCUUGGCGGGUCACGGAUGGAUCAUGUGUCCGUACGAGAUGCAGCCCCGGGAGUGUGUCUACGCUAUGGCCGCGCGGUACGCCGCUGCUCUGGACGAUCAUAAGACACUCGAGCUGGUUGAAUCGCUGCCGGACAUUAAACAAGAUUUACAAACCUCUUAG